CGGAUGUAAUUUUAAUUUGCGUGAGUGGAUCCGGCUAUCUUCGAACAGAAAGUUAUAAUUAAAAAAUGUUUCCACUUCGGCUAAUUAUCCCUAUUUGGAUUAAAUUUCAAAAUCAAUACGGAAGUGGGCGAAAUACUGGCGAGUUUGCUUUUUUCAUUCAUUUAUGGUGAUUGAUUACGUUGAAUGAGUGUACAGUGUCAACGGAAGAGGAGCUUUUAUACAGUAAUGGAACAAUUUAGUUUACAAAGUAAAGUCGCAGCCGCACUGCUCAACAAACAUCUGCAAAUAAAUGGAAUAUCAACCGGACUGACGUCGUUAAGGCAGUCGUCGAUUGACGUGACAGAGGUGACUAAAGCAGAUCCUGGAACCAGCAGCAAAAUGAAACGCGAACGUAAGGCGGCAAGAACGUUAGGAAUAAUUGUAUCUGCGUUUUUGGCUUGUUGGCUUCCGUUCUUUUUAUGGUACGUGAUUACAAGUUUGUGUGGACCAACCUGCUACAAUCCCCAAUCAGUCAUAACUCUCGUCUUUUGGGUCGGCUACUUUAAUUCGGCACUCAACCCCCUAAUAUACGCGUAUUUCAAUCGAGAGUUUAGAAUAGCUUUCAAAAAGACUUUACACACAUGCUGCCAGAUUACGUCCAAACGUAUCUGCUGUCGGCGAAGACCACGCUCCGAUCCUGUCACUUACAGUAACGCGUCGAGCGAAAUACACAUGAACAAUCAUCUCAGAACCGAUCUCAGGAUUACCGAAGGGAACCAAAGACUAAGUUAUAACGUUUCAGAGGGCGAAACCGUAAAUUUACAAACUGAAGCUGUUAUAUAGAUAAUUAGUACGUAGCUGUAAGGUGUAUUAAUUAAAGCGAUAAUUUUUGUUAAGAUUUUGUUAAUAAUCAUAUCAGAAAAGGCAUUCGUCUAGAUGCGAAAUAUGAUUAAGGUUGUUUAUAGAGAUUUCUACUGCAACCAACGCGAUAAUUGCCAAAAUACAAAACAAAGACACUAAUGUAGUACUCAAAGUAUGCGAAUUUUGUAUUUUUUUUAAUUUUUUUUUUAACCUUUAAAAGUUUGUCAAAUAGUUUUUUAGA